AUGAGAUUCACUAAAGCUACUAUCCUUGCUUUCGCCUUGACUUGUUUGGUGGAUGCUGCUCCAGCUCCUAAGGACGUUGUUGAUCCUGCCAACAAAAGAGAUGUCAACUGUGAUAAGCCUUCUUACCAGGCUCACCAUAAGCACAAGAGAAACGUUGUUUAUGAUUACGCUUAUGUUACUGUUACCGUUGGUAACGAUGGUCAACCUAUCAGUUCUACUGCAACUUUAAAUGUUCAACGUGCUUCAUCUGUUGCCACUUCUGAUUUGGCCAAUGCUGUUUCUGCUGCUCAGGCUUCUGUUUCUGCUCAAGAAACUGAAGUUAAAACAUCAGCUGCACAAGCAACUACUUCCUCCUCUUCCGCUGCUGCUCAAACUUCCACCUCAUCCACUGCAGCAGCUGCCUCUUCUGCUGCUGCAUCUAGUGGUUCAUCUAGUGGUUCAUCUAGUGGUUCUUCCAAUGGUAUCUAUGGUGAUUUAGGUUAUUACUCUAACCCAUCUGUUGAAUUCGAAGAUGGUGUCUUGGACUGUUCUGAAUUCCCAUCCGGUCAAGGUGUUAUUGCCUUGAACCACUUGGGCUUUGGUGGUUGGUCUGGUAUUGAAAACUCUGACGGUUCUACCGGUGGUCACUGUAAGGAGGGUUCUUACUGUUCUUAUGCCUGUCAAUCAGGUAUGUCCAAAACUCAAUGGCCCAAUUCUCAACCAGCUAAUGGUGUUUCCAUUGGUGGUUUGUUGUGUAAGGGUGGUAAGUUGUACAAGUCGAAUUCCAGAUCCAACUAUUUAUGUGAAUGGGGUGUUGAUAAGGCUGUUGUCGAUAACCAAUUAUCUCAACCUGUUGCUAUCUGUCGUACUGAUUACCCUGGUACCGAGAACAUGGUUAUUCCAACUUAUGUUGAAGGUGGUUCCACUUUACCUAUCACUGUUGUUGAUGAAAGCACUUACUAUCAAUGGCAAGGAAAGGGUACCUCUGCCCAAUACUACGUCAACAAUGCUGGUUUGGACUGGACUCAAGGUUGUGUUUGGGGUACUCCAGGUUCUGGCUUGGGUAACUGGUCCCCAUUGAACUUUGGUGCUGGUUACGCUGGUAACAUUGCUUACUUAUCUUUGAUUCCUAACCCUAACAACUAUGACUCUUUGAACUUUAAUGUCAAGAUUGUUGCUGAUGGUGAUGCAGUUGUCAGUGGAUCAUGUGUUUACUCUAAUGGUAAGUACAAUGGUGGUGGUGCUGAUGGUUGUACUGUUGGUGUUACUUCUGGUAAAGCCAAGUUUGUUCUUUACGAUUAG